AUGUCUACCCGCAAGAGAAAGCAAGAGGACGAGGAGGAUGAGCUCGUGUCUCUCCCCGAAGAGUCUGACGGCGAAGAGGAACCCGAAUACAUUUCCUCCGAGGAUGGUGACGACUACGAAGAUGAAGAAGAGGAGGGCGAAGAUGCCGAGGCUGAAGGCGAGGAUGCCGAGGACGACGACGCCAACGGCCAGGAUGACGAUGCGCCGCCUGUAAAGAAGCGCAAGACGGCCCCUACCGCCGACGAAGAGGAGGAGGAGGAGGAGCAGGAAGAGGAAGAAGCCGAGGCUGAGGACGACGCCGAGGACGACGGUGACGCAGACGAGGACGCCGAAGUCACCAAGGCCACCAACGGCGAUGCCCACAAGACCGUCAAGGACGUCGACGCGCCCGCCGCCGCCGAGGCUGAGACGGAAGCCGUCGCGGCCGGUGGCGAUGAGGAGGAGUAA